AUGGGAUCUGAAAAAGACUCUGAAUCGCCCCACUCCUCUGUUAGUGGCAUUCCCAAUCCCAAAUGCCGUGGGCCAGGAAAAAAGCAAGGCAGGAUCUCCUUUCACAGUCUGUUCCAUGGCAAACGUGGAUCGAGGGGAAACAAGGCCACUGCAGGCACUCCGCUUGCGCAACAGCUGCACCAACAACAGCAACUCCAACAACAACAACAGCAGCUUCUCCAGCCCCCGACACCCACCAACGUUUCUUCAGACCCGACAGCGACGGACGCCGCUGAGCCACUGUCCGCCAGCCAGGCCUCUCUAGGUGCCCAAGACUUCCUAGAGUGUCCACUGUGCUUGGUGCGGCAACCUGCGGAGCAACUUCCAGAACUCCAGGGCUGCAGUCACCGGUCCUGCCUGUGCUGCUUACGGCAGUACUUGCGUAUCGAGAUCACGGAGAGCCGAGUGCAGCUCAGCUGCCCGGAAUGUGCAGAGCGACUGGCUCCUCGGCAGGUGGCCCUCAUUCUGGACGACCCUGUUCUUAUGGACAAGUAUGAGGAGUUUCUGCUACGCCGCUGCCUAGCGUCAGACCCGGACUGCCGAUGGUGUCCGGCACCAGACUGUGGUUUCGCAGUAAUUGCAUCUGGAUGUGCCAGCUGCCCCAGGCUGGUGUGUCGAAGAGAAGGGUGUGGUGCUGAGUUCUGUUACCACUGCAAGCAGGCUUGGCAUCCUAACCAGACCUGUGACUCGGCUCGCCAACAGAGGGCGCUGUCCUUGAGAACACAUAGUAACCAUUCACCCAGUUACACAGCGGAGCAGGGACACACUGAUGACAUCAAGCCUUGCCCCCGAUGCAGUGCCUACAUCAUCAAGAUGAACGAUGGCAGCUGUAAUCACAUGACCUGCGCCGUGUGCGGCUGUGAGUUUUGCUGGCUCUGUAUGAAGGAGAUUUCAGACCUGCACUACCUCAGUCCAUCAGGUUGCACCUUCUGGGGAAAAAAGCCAUGGAGUCGCAAGAAGAAGAUUCUUUGGCAACUGGGCACUUUGAUUGGUGCACCGGUGGGCAUCACUCUGAUUGCUGGCAUCGCAGUUCCUGCCAUGGUUAUUGGCAUCCCGGUUUACAUUGGACGCAAGAUCCACUCACACUAUGAAGGGAAGAAGAUGUCCCAUCACAGGAGAAAUCUGGCUAUCACGGGAGGUGUGGCUUUGUCAAUCAUUACCGCCCCUGUAAUUGCAGCCGUCAGCGUGGGAAUUGGAGUUCCCAUUAUGUUGGCAUAUGUGUAUGGCGUUGUGCCUAUCUCUCUGUGCCGCGGUGGGGGCUGUGGGGUGAGCCGAGGCAAAGGACGAGGUGUUAGGAUAGACUUUGAUGAGGACAAUGGACCUAUUACAGUUGCUGAUGCUUGGCGAGCACUGAAGUCCCCCAGCCUGGGUGAAAGCAGUUUGGAGGGAGGAGCGAGUGGCCUCAGUACCACCUCUCCAAGUGAGGGCCUAUCGGUGGCACCAGGGGGCCUGGGAGACACGCCCCACUUCAACACACUAGCAGGAGGAGCACUUGGUGCUAGGACUGGAAAAUACAACAGACUGGAGGUGCAGGGAACAGAACUUGGUAAAGAUGGUGCCGGUAGAGAGACGGGCAGUUUGGGAGCGGCCAGUGACUGUGCCAGCACAAGAGGAAUGGCAGGAUCCAUUACAUCCUCUUAUACCAUACCUGACAGAGAGGGCACUAACCUUGAGAUCCAGGUGGACAUUGAAACUAAACCCAGCCAUCUGUGUUUAACCACCGAAGAGGAUCUGGCUCCGCCCACUGCUGCUAUGUCCCCCGGCUCAGGGGAGGAGCCCCAGGACUGUAGUUCCCGCAGAAGCGGAAUUGUGUUGGAUUCCCCUCUCGGGCUUUCGCCAGGGGUGUCACUCAGGGAGGGUCUUCGAGACGUCACCCUCGCUCAGCCAGAAAGCAUCCGCAGCGACCUGGAGAUGUCCGACACGCAGUCGGACGAUAUCGCAGAGCUCACGUCUGACGACUGCGACUCGCCCCACCCCAAGAGUUGCCACGGUGGCCCGCCACAGACGACCUGCAGAGCCUUGAACCCCACCGACAGCUUGCACUGUCCCGACAAUGUCAUUCUUUAUGUGUGAGAAAGAGACACUCGCACUUGCACAAAAACGUUUCUGAGCUUCGGACUUGUUAGCGCUUUACCUGUUGUUUUGCUGCUUUUUAUAAUUAUUCAAACACCUUACUCGCAUCUAGACAACUUACGGAACUGACUGAUCAUCGCUCUGCUCUCCUGUCCACCUCUCUUUGAGAGCACGGAUGGGUCCUCUACCUCUCCAGAAAUUCAUACUGUUACUCAGUUAGUUGUUGUGUUCACCUCUUGGUGCAACAACUAUGCCUUGAGCAAAAAAUGGUAAAAGGACAGUUCAGCCGAAAUGAAAAUUCUGUCAUUAAUAAAAAAAAUGCAAUCACAUUGCAAACCUGUAUGAUUUAUUCUGUUGAACACAAAACCGAAUGUUUCAUGCUAAUGUUUUUCUUGUCAGUAAAUGGUGACUACAAGCUGUCAGGGCGUUAAAAGGACAUAACAGUAGUCGGUAUAAUACAUGCUUUAUAAUCUAAAGCCAUAUAUAGCUUUGAUUGACAGCUCUUCUUCACCAUUCACUGUUGAUGCAUAGAAAAGAAAUUCGUAUUUGUGUUCAACAAAGUCUUACAGGUACGUGACAUGAAAGAUGUGAAUAAAUGUACAGAAUUUUCAUAUUUGGCACAACUGUGCCCUUAUAUAGGUACUACCAUUGCCACAGGAAUCUCUUUAGAAAACAAACAAACAAAGUGAAAUGUCACCAAGCACAGUAUAUGUGAGAGAUUCUGAAUGGGACUCACUUCUUUAUACGAAGGCUUUUAUGAACGACAUUACAGUAUUGUUUGUAUGUUUGUUUCUCUUUGAUUUGAUUUUAUAGUAUACGACCUGGAAAUUGUAUGAUUUGCAGUAUGCAUGCGAAUAUUAUAUGCCAUCUAUGUGAAUAGUACUAUAUGCGAAUACAAGCAGAGUAUUGUUUUGGUCGUCCAGGCCUGGUUUGCACAGAAUACUUGAGUUUCAUCACACACGGAUCGAGAGAUAUAUCAGUAUAAACUAAAGUCAGUGCAAUGAAAAAGAAACUGAUUCAGACUUAACUAGCAGACAGCUUGAUUUGAAUCACAGACUGCUUGCCUUACAGACAGAGCACAUGCACUCAGUUCCCUUAAACUGUCUGUAAUUCACUGACGACACUGUCUUGAGUUGAGAAUAAGGAGAUGUGUGUUUGCUUUGUAUGUACGUGUGGAUGUUUACCAGUGUUGAUUGUAUUGGUGAAUAUUAAUUCAUACAGUAUCAAGGAUGGACCUGCCAUUUACAUGCAUGUCUGUUAUUAUUAUUAUUAUUAUGAUUAUUAUUGUUGUUGUUGUUGUUUUUAUUAUUUUUGAUCUCUUUCUUAAGCACACUGCUUUGAAUUUUUUUGUGCAAUUUUAUGUUUGUUUUACCCGCUAGCUGGAUGUAUGGAUAGAACAGUUUGAUGGCUGGAUAAAUGAAUGAAUGAGCACUCCUGCACUUUAUCCUACAUUUUAUAAUUUUUCUACAUUGUAAACUUCUAUUUAUGCACUCCUUUGAUUUUCAGCCUCUCUGGGAUAACACAAUUCCAUUUGAACACAGCGGUCGUGAUUUGAUGUAAUUUUGGAUGUAAUGGAAUAUUGAAUAUUUCUUAUUCUCUAUGUGCUAUUGUCAUAAUUAUUAUAUUUGGCUGCAGAGAGAAUUGUGGAUUUUUACUUAAAUGAGGGGUUACGCUUUGUCUUGUUAUCACAAAAAAAUAUUUGUGGUUGACACAUCUUUUGCUUUUUUGUUGUGUGAAGAUGCUUUUAUACUUAGGUUUUGAGCGGAUAGUGAAAAGUACUUGACAAUUUGAAUAUAAACUGCUUAUGGUGAAAUGAGUGUUAACAAGUAUAUUAAAUCGAAUAAGCAAUAUGCAGAAAAGUGUGUUUAAUCUGGCAUUGUUUUGUACAUCCCCACAAAGCAAAGAUAACUGCAAUGGCUGUGAGUGUUUGAAAUAACAUGAAAAUAAACAUUUCCUCCUUUGUGGCAA